AUGGCGCAAGAAUCACCCUUUCAAAAAGAGACCACGAUGAAGUCGGCGGUUGAGAGGGAGCUCAGUCUGAAGGCGAUGGCCUACGAAUCGGAAUUGGUCCGGCUUCGUACGGCUGAUGAUAUAGAGGCUAAGUCCAAAGAGAAAAUUGAGCAGUUACGCGCCCAGCUCGAUGAAGAAAGAACCCGGCACGCUGCAAUAGAGCGAGAUCACCAAGAACUCAAGAUCAUCUAUCAGACUUGCAAGGGUGACCUGGAGCGGCGUCUCGUCUACCAAAAAUCUCAGUACGAAGUAAGCCCAACAAAAGCAGGCUGGAACGACAGCCACACGGCGGCCCCGACUCAAAAUACGCUUCUCAAGCGGGAGCUCGACCGACUGGUGGAAGAACAAAACGAGAAGAAGGCACAAAGCAGCAAAGAGAGGGAGUCACUCCGCGAAGAAGCUGCAAGCCACCAGGCAAGGAUGAUGGAGUUCCAAGCUGAAAAUGAGAGACUGACACGCCAGGUGGAGGCUCUGCGGAGAGAGCUGGCCGCUUUAACAACGAGGGACGAAGCAGGACGGAGCAGCCGCGAAGCUGAGCUCAGAGAAUUAAGCCAGCAAGCGAGGACGGCUGAAGCUGAAAUGCGCGAAGCACAGCGACGGGAGCAGGAGCAAGCAGAUGCAUAUUCGCAACAGCUUGCGCAACUGCAGCGGGUUUCUCAGCUAAAACUUCAAGAGGCACAAGAGACUAUUGAACGUCAAACGAAACUGCUACACGUAGCGGAGGCACAACUCCUCCAAGAAAGGCGACAUCAUGAGGAGAAAGUUGAAAAACUCGUGCGAGAGGCAGCUGCGAAGAUGGAGUCCCUCGAAUCAGAAAAGCGGCGAGCGACCGAGGAAGCAUCCCAGGCAAUCUUGGCUCUCAGGCAAGAAGAGGAGCGGAAGGCCACAGAUGUGGAAAACCUGCAGGAGCAAUGCGAGAAUCUCGCCCUGCAGCAUGCCAAGACUGUGGCGCGGGCCGAGCAGUUAGCCAAGCAUGCGGAAGGAGUCCAGGCGGACUGUGAAAGACGCCUUAACGAGCACGACCGGCUUGAGGCGGACUUCCGUGCCCUUGAGGAGACACACCGAGGACUCUUAAUAGAAACAGAAGAUCUGAUGAGGUCAAAGGUAGAGGCAGAGGAUGCAGUGGCUGACUUGCAAAGACGACUUAUCGAGAAACAAGAUAUAGAAGAGAGGAACAAGAAGGAGAUCGACGCUUGUCGGGAAAUGAUCAACGAGAAGGAGACAGCAAAAGAAGAAAUCCACCGCCAGUUGCAAAGAGCCGUGUCCGAGGCAGCACAGCUGAAGAGGGUGGCUUCUGCGAAACUGUCGUCCGCUCGAAGAAAAGAAGAAAAGCUUCGAAUGAAUAUUCGCGUGUUGAUAGACAAACUCAGUCAGGUGGUGACUGAACGCAAUGGCCUCUGGCAGGCGCUGCUAAAGGUUAAAGACGACUACGACGUUCACGCGAGACGUAUUGAGCCGCAUGCAGCCUCAAGCAUGCAGUUGCCGAUUUCCAGCUCACGGUUAUGUCCAACCACUUUACCUCACUUCAGCGUCGGCCGGGGUGUCACACCUUAUGCUUCAUCACGUAAACAGGCUCCGAGUUCCCAGUAUCCGGCCUUUUGGGAGCAAACUGGAGGACACUCUGAUGCCGGUGAGGGCCUAGCGCGUCAAGCCCCCUUACAAGUGACGGGCUUGGAGGGUACGUAUCUGGGAGGCACCACGGGAGGUGGUGGCCUUCCUGGACGGCUGCCUUCAACGACGGUGUUUCCACUGACAGCAGACAAGGUGGGUAAUGCUUCCUGCGGAGCCUCGCCUCUGGAUGGCACGUUUUCAGUCCCUUGA